CAAUAGAAAUGCAGGAGAGCAGGUAGUUUAUCACUCUCUCCGUCCUGUUCAAUCCAGUUUGGGUUUGUCACGUGUUCGGAGAAGUUCGAGAAGUUUCCAGCUCACAGGCUGAAGAAAUGGAUCCAAGCAAGCCCCCAGAUGUUAGUGACAUGACGGGCGUCCACUGGCUAGGACGUGGAAGAGGACUGCAGCCUGACGGGUUGACCAUAGGACGUAGUAGAGGGCUGCUGCUCUCUACAGAAGGGGUUGGUAUAGGACGAGCCAGAGGUUUCCCUAUUCCUGGUGAUAACUUCCAAGGACAAGCGGUAUCUUUAGCCCCUGCUGAAUCUGUGGUUCCGCGAGGUAGAGGGCUGUUGGUGCAGCCAGAUGAUGUAGGAGUCGGCCGAGCCAGUAUUCUCUUCCCAGCAGCUGAACCAAGGCUGGGGGUGUCGAGAGGUGCUGUUCUACCUGAAAUGGUAGAGCAACAUGAACACAAGCCUUCGUUUAAAAUGACGUCACCUGUCUCAGGAGGAGAUGUUUCAACUUUGCCAGAAGAAAAAGUUAGCAUGCAAACCCAUGGCCAAGGAUCAACACUGAUCUCAAUGUUUAGGGGAAUGGGCAUUGAGCCUAUGGCUGCUUGUGGAAGAGGAACUCAACCAAUGGGAAGAGGAGCUGUUGGAGAUUUAGGAGAGCUGAAACUGCAAGGUGGCCCUCUUGGUGUCACCAGCUCUCCAGAGGGCGUUGGACCAAGUGGAGACAUGAUGGGCAGAGGCAGCAGUUUGUUCCCCCAGAUGAUGGUGGGGCUCGGAAGAGCAGCUAUGCCACAGCUUGGAAUGGGAAGAGGGCGCGCUCUGCUUUCUCCUUUUCCUCCAGGUCAGAUCAAGACUACAACACCUGAGCCUCAAACAGCUGUACAUGCUUUGCCUACCCCAGCAGGAGUAUUGCCCUCAAUGAGUGUGGCAGAAGAUCCCUCAGUGCUUUCAGCUCCUGCUCCAAAAAAUGAGGAGCUGAAAAUGGAGACAAUCCAAGCGCCACUUAAUAAAGCUGGAAAUAAAGGAGUUCCCAUAACAAUUGGGUCAAACCACAUCCCAAUUCAAUGCAAGAAUGAGGCUGUGUACCAGUAUCAUGUUAAGUUCACUCCAAACGUCGAGUCAAUGGCAAUGCGUUUUGGAAUGAUGAAAGACCACCGUUCAACUACAGGGGAAGUGGUGGCUUUUGAUGGCUCCAUAUUGUACCUGCCAGUUAAACUGAAAGAUGAUGUCCUACUGAAGAGUGUGAGAAGGACGGAUAAUGAGGAAAUAGAAAUCAGAGUCCAGAUGACAAAAAUUUUGCCACCUAAUUCCGAUCUUUGCAUUCCUUUCUACAAUGUCAUACUCAGGAGAGUUAUGAAAAUCAUCGGACUGAAGUUGGUUGGCAGAAACCACUUUGAUCCAGAAAGCGCAGUCAUUGUUGAAAAGCAUCGACUUCAGGUGUGGCCAGGCUUUUCCACUGCCAUCAAGCACACAGAUGGAGGUCUGUACAUGUCUGUGGAUGUGACUCACAAAGUUUUACGGAAUGACUCUGUGCUGGAUGUCAUGAACACUCUGUACCAACAGAGCAAGGAAAACUUCCAAGACGGAUGCACCAAAGAACUCGUUGGCAGUAUUGUCAUCACCCGUUACAACAACCGCACAUACCGCAUUGAUGACAUUGAGUGGAAUAAGUCACCAAAAGACACUUUCACUUUGAUGGAUGGUACUAAAACAACCUUUUUGGAGUACUACAGCAAAAACUAUGGGAUCACAAUCAAGGAGAUGAACCAACCAUUACUCAAGCAUCAGCCUAAUGAGCGGUCUAAACAAGGAGGGAGGCAAAUCAGCAYUGGAGAGAUCCUUUUGGUGCCAGAGCUUUCCUUCAUGACAGGAAUCCCAGAUAAGAUGAGGAAGGACUUCAGAGCGAUGAAAGACUUGACUAUGCACAUCAACGUUAGCAGUGAACAGCACACUUUCUCAAUAAAGCAGCUUCUGAAGAACAUCUCUGGCAGUUCUGCGAGCUUGAAGGAGCUCAACCAAUGGGGACUGGAGAUCGGCUCAGAAAUCCUGAUGAUAAAAGGAAGAACACUGCCUUUGGAGACAGUCUGUCUUCAGACAUCUUCCUUUACAACCGGGCCUGAUGUAUCCUGGUCCAGAGAGAUUGUGAGGGAUCCAUCAAUCAGCUCUAUCCCUUUAAAUAUUUGGGCCAUCUUCUACCCUCGACGUUGUGCAGACCAGGCAGAAGAGCUGGUUUCCACCUUUAACAAGGUGGCUGGGCCUAUCGGGGUACGACUGGACCGACCCCUUCGAGUGGAGCUGAGAGACGAUCGGACAGAGACGUACGUCAAGAGCAUUCACAAUCAGCUCACCAGUGAGCCCAAUUUGCAGCUCAUUGUGUGCAUCAUGAUCGGCAACAGAGAUGACCUCUACAGUGCCAUCAAGAAGUUGUGUUGUGUCAAAAUCCCCAUUCCUUCCCAGGCCAUCAAUGUUCGGACCAUAUCGCAGCAACAGAAGUUGAGGAGUGUUGCACAGAGGGUUCUUCUGCAGAUGAACAGCAAGUUGGGAGGAGAACUGUGGACUGUCAAUGUUCCCCUGAAAAGCCUGAUGGUAAUUGGAGUUGAUGUCCACCAUGACACCAGCAAGUCGCAUCAGUCAGUGAUGGGAUUUGUGGCAAGUGUGAACAGCUCUCUGACCCGCUGGUACUCCAGAGUCAUUUUCCAGGCACCUACUGAGGAACCAAUCAGUGGACUCAAAGUUUGUUUGCUGGCUGCAUUGCAGAAGUACUAUGAGGUAAACCACAACCUGCCAGACAAGAUUGUGGUGUAUCGUGAUGGUGUGUCCGAUGGCCAGCUGAAGAUGGUGGAGCAGUACGAGAUACCUCAGCUGAUCAAAUGCUUUGAGACGUUCCCAAACUUUGAGCCCAAGCUGGUCUUCAUUGUGGUACAGAAGCGCAUCAGUACCACCCUCUACUCCUGGGCAGCAAACAACUUCGGCACACCUCCACCUGGAACAGUUUUGGAUCACACCCUCACCCGAAGAGACUGGGUGGACUUUUUCCUGAUAGCACAUCACACUCGCCAAGGCUGUGGACUUCCUACACACUACAUUUCUUUGUACAACACAGCAAACCUCACACCAGACCAUCUGCAAAGGCUGACCUUCAAGAUGUGUCAUCUGUACUGGAACUGGCCAGGAACCAUUCGCGUUCCAGCACCAUGCAAAUAUGCCCACAAACUGGCCUUCCUCGCUGGCCAGUACCUGCACUCUGAGCCUGCCAUCCAGCUGUCAGACAAGCUCUACUUUCUUUAAGUUGCUUCAGUAAAGUUUUCAGUUACUAAGUUACAGUAACUUAUAGUAAGUAUAUGUUGCAGAUUGCAGUUUUCAGCUGAACAGUUAAGCUAUAUGUUGUGCAAUCCAAAUUUAAGCUUUUUAUUUUAUAGUAUUAUUAGUAGUAGUAAUAUUUUGUGCUGRUUAUUAAAACCUGAAAAUUUUAAUUUGUACAUUUUUGUAAAGGUUCUAACAAAAUGUUCUUUUAUGAAAAACUUUUUUUUACUUGUAUAUGCACCUAACUUUUUUUUCUCCCCAAAGAUCCACUAUCAGCAAAAUGUAAAAAGUGCAUUGUAUUGUUUUAAAAUAAAGGUAAACUGCAUA